CCGGGCGCCGCGGCGACAGUUACUUAGCGGCCGUCCGCGGGCGCGCGCUGCGGCUCUCCGCCUGUCGGGCUCCACCGCCACCGCGCUCCGCGACGCAGCCGCCUCCGGCCUCGCCAUGAGUAAGGAGACGAAGAAGCCGUUUCGCCAGAGCGUGGCCGAGUGGCGGCAGUUCAUCUACAACCCCAACAGCGGCGAGUUCCUGGGGCGCACGGCCAAGAGCUGGGGUUUGAUCUUAUUGUUCUAUCUGGUAUUUUAUGGCUUCCUAGCGGCACUCUUCACAUUCACAAUGUGGGUUAUGCUUCAGACACUGAGCAAUGACAUUCCGAAGUACCGCGACCGGAUUUCCAGUCCAGGGCUUAUGAUUUCACCAAAGCCAGACACUGCAUUGGAAUUUUACUUUAACAAGAGUGAUGCCCAGUCGUAUGCAGAAUAUGUGUCUACACUUAGAAAAUUUCUUGAAACAUAUGAUGAUUCGAAGCAAUCCCAAAAUAUAAACUGUACAUCUGGAAAGGUUUUUGAUCAGAAUGAUGUUGCUGUUAAAAAAGCAUGUCGAUUUAACCUCUCUGAGCUUGGGCAGUGCUCUGGGAAGGAAGACAAGACCUUUGGCUAUUCUAAAGGAACUCCCUGCGUGCUUGUGAAAAUGAAUAGAAUAAUUGGAUUAAAGCCUGAAGGGGAACCGUACAUACAGUGUACAUCUAAGGAUCCAGGCGCAGUUGAAAUAAAUUAUUUUCCUUCAGGAGGCUUGAUUGACUUGAUGUACUUUCCAUACUAUGGGAAAACCUUGCACGCUCACUAUUUACAGCCUCUAGUGGCUGUUCAACUAGCGAUUAACUCCAACAGUACCAAUGAAGAAAUAGCAAUUGAGUGUAAGAUCCUGGGCUCACCUAAUUUAAAAAAUGAAGAUGAUCGUGACAAGUUUCUGGGACGAAUUGCCUUCAAAAUUGAGAUGACUGAAUAGCAGGAGAAAAAAGUUCUCCACAAAGUAAACGUUGUGUUUGUUUUGUAUCAGCUGGACAUGCCAUUCUAGGAUAUGAAACCACCUUGGAGAAUGUUAAGGUGGCUUAUGGCAUUCAGGGUAGCAUAAUAAUAUGCUUCCAAAUCAUAUGUUUGAAAUCCCUCAAAAUAAAUGCGUAUCAUGCUUCUGCCUGCCCCAUUGGAACAGUGUACAGACCAUAGUUAUGUCAUAGGGACCUGUAAAUAGCUGUUUUCAAACACUUAAUAAUGGUGACCUUUGUCCUGUUCUAAAAUGUGGUUUUAUCCCCCAAGUGAGUGUCUUAAGCUUAAUGUGCUGUGCUAUGUAAAUAUUGUAUUGAUUUAACACUGGUUUAACUGUCAUAUCUCAAUGCUGACACAGUUAUAGGGAUAAUUAAUAAAUGGUACCUGAUUGACAUAGUGAUUCUUUUGAAAGAGUAAACACCUCCACAUAAGCUGUGUGUAUGGGAGUGGGUGGGUGGAUGGAUGCCUGUGUGGAGAUGCCUUAAAUUGUAGAUUGGUUGGUGUGGGAAAAGUAAAAUGGAUUUUAAGAUGGUAUGGAUUUCAGAAAGUAAGUGCUCACCUAGUACUUUCUUGUGCUUGUCACUGUGCAAGUAUUGUGUACUUGUAAUACCUGGUAGAGAGUUUGGUAUUCUAGCUGAGGAAUUAAAUCUUUCUUUGUGUUGUUAAUUGCUUGCAAUACGUGGAGCACAAAUAAAAUCUAUACCGUGUUUCAAAACUUUUUAGUUCAGAAAUAUCAAUAUAAAACAAUUAAAAUCUGUUUAGAAUCCUGGUAACAGUUGUACAACAGGGCUGCUUGGAAGAAACAGCCUCACUAUUGUGGAAAUAGGCUUUCGUAUUUCCAAUUAAACAAAAGGAAUAAAUCCUGAAGAACCUCUGUUGGGGGGUUGUCUUGAUUAAACAUUCCUGUUUAAUUUAUAUGCGGUUUCAUUGCAUCAUUUUAACAUACUUCAUGUUUUCUUCUGUUCUUUAAUCUUGGAUUUUCUGUGUAUUUCCUCAUCCGCCUUUAAAAAGAAAAGAUGUUGCAGCUGUGUUAUACAAACUGUCCAUUCACUGGCAGUAUGGAUUACUGGCCAUUUCACAUACAGUUCUUUUAGUAGUCUGCUACUAAGAUGGCUACAAAUAGUCUGGCUUAUUUGUGGCUGCUGCUCACAUCAGGCCAAGCUGACCCAUUGCACUGGGUUAUAACUCGUGCAGUUUUGCUGACGUGGGAUUUACAAAGCUCUUCCCCAGGUUUUUGUUUGGUUUAUUUUUUGAGUAUAUGAUCCACAUUCUCAUAUAUUAGAAACUACAGAAAAACUAUUUGUAUACAUACUUCUAUGUUCUGUUAGUGAUACUGUGGCCUAAAUUUGUUACCUAACACACUUUUAUGCCUAAUUCUUAUAUUGUUUUUAUUAAAAAAAAAAAAAGAAAAAAGAAUGAUUACUAAAAUUCAAGAUCCAGUCUUCAUAACUUGCUUUCAAAACGUUUGGCCAGUGUAAGCCAUAUAAGUGCAAACUUUAAACAACUGUGCAAGCUGACACUGGUGCAAGUUUGGAGGCAGCUACUCGCAGUGGGACUUUAAACGGUAUGUUGAACAUCGUCACAAACAGACUGAUAGUGGCUAAUGUCAUGUAGCAUGCUUUUUGUUGUUGUCUGCAAAAGAAAAAUUGCUCUUCACAGUAUGCCAUGGACACUUCUGUAAUGAUAGCAUGCGUUAGUAUUGAAUAAGAAUGUUCUUUUAAAAUAUUCCAUUACUGAUGUUUUAAACCAUGUUUUAGAGGUGGGAUACCUGGGUUCUUGGAGAUAUCGCUAAUUGGUUCUCUGUAUAUUAAUGCUGCCUGAAAGUAUUUUAAUACUGCCUAACAGAACUUAGUGUUAGGUUGCAUUUGAAAAUGAAUAAUACUAGCAUCAUGUAUAAAAACAACAACAACAACAAUAAUAAUAAAAUCACAUUUGUGUUCACUUAGUAAUGGUAAGAAUUUCUAGAGAAAUGCUCAGUUUUCAAAUGACUUGAUACUUGCAACAGUUUCUCUUUCUACUUCUUUAUAUAGACAAAGCAUGAAAUGGCAAUUCUUCACCAGCACUUUUCAGACAGGUAGAAUUCAAUAAACUCCUGUUCUCCCCA